ACAGUUUUACACCCUUGGCACUGUGCUUUUGAUGGCGUUCUUGCAGAAGACUGGAGACUACUGCCACGCUCAACAUCCCAGAGCAUAGGCUGAUCCAGGGGAGGAUGCCCACUGCUUUGCCUUCUCUACCUACUACCCUGCACUGAAGGGCUCCCUGCCUCCCAGGACUCUCCACCCCCCUAGAUCUCUCACCUUAAGACCCUCUCUCAGGAACUCUAAUGGGGUGAUUGGACUAACUAUUCCACUACUCUUCAGUGAAAGCCCCAAGACCGCGGCUACGCUCUUCCUCAUCUAAACCAACCAUAGUGACCCCAGAGGAUCGACCAACCCGAGGACGGAUCUUUUCAAAGGAGGGAAAGAACUGAUAACGUCUGCAGGGUUGAAGAGGAGUUUUCGGAGGAGUUUAGCCCACCAGCUACCGUGGCGACCGUGGUCCACCAGUUUGUGUCCCCUGUGCGUCCCUGUCCGUGUUGCAUUCGCCCCCCCAGCUGGGUAACGGUUGUCAACAUGGCCCGUAUGAACCGUCCGGCGCCGGCCGAGGUGUGCUACAAGAACAUGCGGCUGCUCAUCACGCACAACCCCACCAACUCCACCCUCAACAGCUUCAUCGAGGUGAGGACCGCUCUAUCCCUCUCUUCUCACUCGUUCUGUUGAUAUCCUUUCUCUCUCAUACUACUACUAUUUGUUCUACUCGCUCUCCACGUCUCGCCUAGCCCCGUCGCUCUCUCUCUACCUGUUUCUCUCUCUCCCCGCUCUCUCUAUCUCCCCGUAUCUCGCUUGCUCUCUCUCGCUAUCUCUCUCUCUCCCCGUUCUCUCUCGAUCUCUCUCUCUCCCGUCUCUCUCUCUCUCCCCGCUAUCUCUCUCUCCGUAUCUCUCUCUCUCCCCGUCCUCUUCUCUCUUCCCCGUCCUCUCAUACCCCGUCUCUCUCUCUCUCCCGUCUCUCUCUCGCUCUAUCUCCCCGUCUCUCUCUUUCUCUCGCGCUCUCUCUUCCUCUCUCUCUCUCUCUCUCGCCUAUCUCUCUCUAUCUCUCCCAGUCUGUCUCUCUUCUCUCUCCCGUCUCUCUCUCUCUCUCUCGCUGCUAUCUCUCUCUCUCUCCCAGUCGGUCUCUCUCUCUCCCGUCUAUCUAUCCCCGUCUCUCGCGCUCUCUCUCCCCGUCCUCUCUCGCUCUCUCUCUCUCUCCCGUCUCUCUCUCUCUCUCCCCGUCUCUCUCUCUCGCUCUCUCUCUCCCCGUCUGUCUCUCUCUCCCCGUCUGUCUCUCUCUCUCCCCGUCUGUCUCUCCCCGUCUCUCUCUCUCUCUCUCUCCCAGUCUCUCUCUCUCCCCCCGUCUCUCUCUCUCGGCUUUGGUUGCACUAUCACAUUUUCUCGACACUGCUCCAAGCCCCCCCCCCCCCCCCACACACACACAGUGUGAGUUACUUUUAACCUAUCCCCCCCCCCCCCCCCGUAGGACCUUAAGAAGUACGGAGCCACGACGGUGGUUAGAGUGUGUGAGGUGACCUAUGACAAGGCUCCACUGGAGAAGGACGGCAUCACCGUGGUGGUGAGUACAGACCACAGUGUCACAUGUCCCUCACAUUUCCCCGUGAAGAGAAGGGGAGUGUCUCAAACAGGACUUCCCUUACUGAUUCCCAGAAGGACACGACGGGGGAGGGAAGGAGGGGGCAGAGUGUUAUCAAACAAACUGCUCUGUGUUCAGUCGGGGAUGGGGGCAAAUCCCUGGAGCACGCCCGGUCCUUAUAUGCACGUAAACACACACACGCACACAUACAUGAAUAAAUACUGAUAUACCCCCAACAUCCUGAUAACAGCCAACAUCUGUAUCUGAACUCGAAGACACACAGUUCCUGAUUACCCAUACGUCAACGUUCCGCCGUUGCCAUGGCAGCUGCAGAGCCUGGUUAUUCCGCACAGCCUCCACAUCUCUCGUUUUUUUUUCUCUCGCUCUCUCGUUACGUAAGCACUAAUCUUGUUGCCAGACACUUCCACCCAAAUGCGUGAAGAGUCUGGUUGACCAACGUGUCAACUUGGCCUUCGUUAGCCAAUGCAGAAAGGCAUUGGCUUCAUCUCCCACAACACACAAUGAUGACAAAUACUUUACUCAGUAGGUCACCCCCAUAGAAUUUUAUGGUCACUCCCACUAAGGCCAUCCUUUAAUCGUUGAUAUCCCAGGCUUAUGUGCGCAAUUGCCUGGGGACGAGGUUACGUAAACACAAGACCCUGGAUUGCUGUUUAUGUGAAGGCCAUACUUAGCUUUCUGUCAGAGCGCUGGAAAACAUUGAGGAUCAUGGCAAUUGCCAAUAGCGUGCCAGCAUCCAGAAGUGAGUGACUGGGAGGGAGUAGCCUUUCUCUCGGGGGCGACAUGCACCCCAACAAUCUGAGGGGGCACAGAGUACGUGAGGAUGGCUGGGGGGUGGUCCGGAGAGGGGCUAGGCCCCUGUCCUGAAGGUGGAGAAUUUAGAAUUUUUCAAACACCUGAAACCGCUUAUUCCUGCAGCUCUACAGAGUGGUCACUAGCCGGCACAGCCACAAAGUCAUACAAUCUGAUUCUAAACCUAACCUUAACCACACUGCUAACCCUAAUGCCUAACCCUAACCUUAAAUUAAGAUUUUAAAAAGCACAUUUUUGUUGUCAUUAAUUUUUACGAUAUAGCCAGUCUUCACUUUGCAGCUGGUCCAUCUAACGGAAAUCGCCCAGUUCCUGCCUCCACGGCAAGAUUCAUGACAAUAAACAUAAAUCUGCGCAAUCUAGAGCCAUAAUCAUUACGCUUAAUUCUAGGUAAAUAAUUUCUGCAUAUCUAAGCAUACCUCUUGAGCUGUCUGUAUCCUCCUGACUGGUGGUUAUUUUGUUUAAGAAACUAAAUAUGCUUCUCUGCUAAAAUCUAGGUAAAAGAUUGAAAGGAAUUUGCCAGCUAAGAUGGUUAGACAAGCUAGCUACUAUAACUUGAUUGAUAGCCUGAAAUGGCUUCUUGGUAGUUAUGAGGUUGGGAGAUUGGUUCCCAAUCUGGGCUAGAUAAAGCCAACUUCAUACAAUUGCUAGGUGGCUAGUAUUAUUACAGAGAAAUAACCAAAUUCUAAACAGGACAGAUCUGAGGGGGCACUGUGCCCCCUAUGGGAAUGACACCUAUGCUACCUCCCACCCUCUCCUUUAUCUCCAUAGGGAUAUUGGGGAAAUCUGGAGAGAUUUACAUUUUACAUUCUUAGUCAUUUAGCAGACGCUUUUAUCCAGAGCGACUUACAGUUAGUAUCUAGUUAAAGGGCUUGUAUACUCGAUCAAGCAAUCAGCUGUCCAGUGUCCCAAAAUAUCGACAACAACAAUGAAGCUAGGGCCAGACAGAUGGAUAGAGCUGUAUUCUGUUAUCAUAGCUCUACCUGUCUGGCCUGAUGGAUAGAGCUGUAUUCUGUUAUCAUAGCUCGACCUGUCUGGCCUGAUGGAUAGAGCUGUAUUCUGUUAUCAUAGCUCGACCUGUCUGGCCUGAUGGAUAGAGCUGUAUUCUGUUAUCAUAGCUCGACCUGUCUGGCCUGAUGGAUAGAGCUGUAUUCUGUUAUCAUAGCUCUACCUGUCUGGCCUGAUGGAUAGAGCUGUAUUCUGUUAUCAUAGCUCGACCUGUCUGGCCUGAUGGAUAGAGCUGUAUUCUGUUAUCAUAGCUCGACCUGUCUGGCCUGAUGGAUAGAGCUGUAUUCUGUUAUCAUAGCUCUACCUGUCUGGCCUGAUGGAUAGAGCUGUAUUCUGUUAUCAUAGCUCGACCUGUCUGGCCUGAUGGAUAGAGCUGUAUUCUGUUAUCAUAGCUCUACCUGUCUGGCAUGCAGGGUGUGUUGCCUAGAACUCCACUCACAUGGUGGGAGACCUGGGAGGAUGUCUGUUAUUCUUUAAAGGCUGCUUCAACUAUUGAUUAACUGUUAUAAUAUGUAAGAAACAGGGGAUGUGGCGCUUUUCAGUUGAAGUCUAAACUCCAUUGGCAUAUCACUGUUAACUAGGAAUUGAUUAUAGUGAAUUGUAUGUUUAUUCAAUGUAUCCACUGUGAGUUGCCUUGGCUACAGGAUUUCAAAGCUAGGGUCUCAUUGGAUAGUUAAUGUGAACAGUGUGUUGAUGGCAUGGUAUUGGAGCAGGUCAUCUUGUGUCUAUGACAUUCUAAAAAGCAUUCCGAGGUCACUUUGACCGGAACGGAACCCUGGGGCUGUGUGUGUGAGUGUGUUUGCCAGCAUCCGAGGUGAGCGUGUGUGUGACCAUACCUCGUUUCCGAAGUAGGCCAGUACUCCUGUUGUUCCUGCCCUGUUGAGCCCACAUUACCUCAGCCAGCAUCAUGCAGCAGUUUACAUGAUGUACCACACUGCAAAUAUUUAGCCUUCAUGAGCUGAUGCUAGAAAGCCUAGGAAAACAGUAAGACAUGGCCCAAGGUAAAUGAAAUAACCUAACCCCUGUUUUGGUGGUGGCUGCCACCCCAGCUGCCUGCUAGGGAUUAUGUGUAUGUGUGUGUGGGCUUUGGUGGAGUCCAGUGGGGGUAAGAGGCUCUCGGUCUCUGCUUCCUAAUCAAAGGCCAACUCCCUCUUCUCUUAGGAGGUGUUACUGUGGUCAUUCCACACUGUUUACUAGAAAUGAUAGACACCUGCUGAUGCCAAAUGGUGUGUUUGUGUCUCACACUGUUUUGUUCUUAUGCCUGUGUGUGUGUGUGUGACUGUAUGUGUGUAUGUAAUGCUAGCCUGCAUGUGUCUCUGUUUGUGGUUGCAUUGUGUAUUUGUUGUAGCUAUGUGGGACUAUUGUUAAGAGGAAUGAGUCAGUGGUGCAUUAUAAAAGCUCCCCAGACAGCCAGCCAGGUUUGUCCCUCCCUCCCUGGAGAUACUGUGACUGUAGAUCAACAGGCCCUGGGUCCAGACUACUGUGGCUGAUACUGUGACUGUAGAUCAACAGGCCCUGGGUCCAGACUACUGUGGCUGAUACUGUGACUGUAGAUCAACAGGCCCUGGGUCCAGACUACUGUGGCUGAUACUGUGACUGUAGAUCAACAGGCCCUGGGUCCAGACUACUGUGGCUGAUACUGUGACUAGAUCAACAGGCCCUGGGUCCAGACUACUGUGGCUGAUACUGUGACUGUAGAUCAACAGGCCCUGGAUCCAGACUACUGUGGCUGAUACUGUGACUAGAUCAACAGGCCCUGGAUCCAGACUACUGUGGCUGAUACUGUGACUGUAGAUCAACAGGCCCUGGAUCCAGACUACUGUGGCUGAUACUGUGACUAGAUCAACAGGCCCUGGAUCCAGACUACUGUGGCUGAUACUGUGACUGUAGAUCAACAGGCCCUGGAUCCAGACUACUGUGGCUGAUACUGUGACUAGAUCAACAGGCCCUGGGUCUAGACUACUGUGGCUGAUACUGUGACUAGAUCAACAGGCCCUGUGUCCAGACUACUGUGGCUGAUACUGUGACUGUAGAUCAACAGGCCCUGGGUCUAGACUACUGUGGCUGAUACUGUGACUAGAUCAACAGGCCCUGUGUCCAGACUACUGUGGCUGAUACUGUGACUGUAGAUCAACAGGCCCUGGGUCCAGACUACUGUGGCUGAUACUGUGACUAGAUCAACAGGCCCUGUGUCCAGACUACUGUGGCUGAUACUGUGACUGUAGAUCAACAGGCCCUGGGUCCAGACUACUGUGGCUGAUACUGUGACUGUAGAUCAACAGGCCCUGGGUCCAGACUACUGUGGCUGAUACUGUGACUGUAGAUCAACAGGCCCUGGGUCCAGACUACUGUGGCUGAUACUGUGACUGUAGAUCAACAGGCCCUGUGUCCAGACUACUGUGGCUGAUACUGUGACUGUAGAUCAACAGGCCCUGGAUCCAGACUACUGUGGCUGAUACUGUGACUGUAGAUCAACAGGCCCUGGGUCCAGACUACUGUGGCUGA